AUGAGACGUGCUUGCGCCAGGGUCGUUGGCGUCGCGCAAACGGGCUACUUUAGUGCGUUCCCCCCAGGGCUCGUGGACAAAAAGUUUCGGGUUCAACAGAAUUGUUGUUGCAAUCUCAACACCCGGACGACCACACCUCUGCAGUCGCUGGUGAUUAAGCACAUAAUAAGGCGCUCAGACCAAGCAGUUGAGCAGAUUUGUUCUUCGGAGAAGUUGGUGUACAGGCUGGUUCGGAUGCUACGCUCAGAGGAUCUUGAUGUAGGUAUCAAGGAAAACAUUGCAGAAAUUGUCGCCAAGCUUGCUUGCAAGCUGCGCCUAGCAGACAUACCUGGAGCAGCCCACUGCAUAUCAUCCCUACUCGAUCCUCGUUUCGCGAAAGAGGCAGCACAAACAUCAGGCCGCAACUUCAUUGGCAUCGACUGGCGGACCCUUGUUCAUGGACUUGUGAUUCUUGGUGAGCUUGCCUCGGACUCGGAGAAUUGCAGAGAGAUCCACAGCACCAUAGCACCAGUUAGCAAUGGACUACGUAUGGUCAUCAAGGAUGAUGCAACGACAGUUCAGAUAGUCAGGGAAUCCUUACGUGUGGUGGCGAAGCUUACCAGAGGGACAGGUGAGUGCAGCACGAAAUUAUGCCAUGAAUUAGGAUUAACUGUUAAGUAA